AUGGAGCAGAGGAUCUACUCCACCAAGCUUUUCGAGGCACUCCGGCAGGUGCGUCGGAAUUACUCGCAGGCUGGUAAGGUCUCCGGUGGACACCAAGUCCGGGAGGAGACAGACCGGGUUCUCACCGUGUCGGCCAAGGGGCGGACCCGGUGGAGCCGGGCGAUUCUGACGAGUCGACUCGGGAUGAGACUCGGUGGUGGCAACAAGCACAAGACGGCAACCAGUUUCAGGGAAGAGAGAGAGAUUUGCCCAAAGGCUGGUCUUCGUUUUCAAAGAAGAGAACGAAAAAGAAGAACGGAGAGAGAGGAGAAGAACGGCGGCUGA